UUUCUCUCUCUCUUGUUCAAAGUUUGAAACUUUGUUCCCUCUUUUUCUCUUUGUUGUGUUAAUAAUGGCGACAGCUGUGUGAUGGUCCAGAGUUCACUUGUUUGGUUACAAAAGGAUUUUUUACUGUUUCUUUGUAUACAAACACAUUAUACUUUUGAAUGAAGAUGGAGUUUCUAGGCGACAGCUCUGAAACGGACAAGAAGACAAUGAAAAAGAAGCGUUUCCACCGCCACACACCUCACCAGAUCCAACGCCUUGAAUCAGCUUUCAACGAGUGUCAACAUCCAGAUGAGAAACAGAGGAUGCAACUUAGCAGAGAAUUGGGUUUGGCUCCAAGACAGAUCAAGUUUUGGUUUCAGAACAGAAGAACUCAAAAGAAGGCACAACACGAGAGAGCUGAUAACUGUGCACUCAAGGAAGAGAACCAUAGGAUUCGUUGCGAAAACAUUGCCAUCAGAGAAGCUCUCAAACACACCAUUUGCCCCACCUCCUGUGGUGACGCUCCUUCUCAUGAAGACUCUUACUUCGAUGAACAGAAGCUUCGAAUCGAAAAUGCACACCUUAAAGAAGAGCUCGAAAGGGUUUCAAGCAUUGCAGCUAAGUUCAUGGGGAGGCCACUUUCUCAUCUCCCACCACUACUAAACCAGAUGCCAUUCCACGGUGGUCCUUCGCUUGAUUUUGAUCUUAUUCCUGGAAGUUGUUCUUCAAUGGCUGCUCCGACUUUACCAUCUCAACCAAACUUGGUUUUAUCAGACAUUGAUAAGUCUGUUAUGACCAACAUUGCCGUGACCGCUAUGGAAGAGUUGAUUAGGCUUACCCAAACAAACGAGCCUCUAUGGAUCAAAAAUGAUGGAGCAAGAGACGUUCUCAACCUCGGAAGCUAUGAGAAUAUGUUCCCUAGAGCAAGUAGCCGUGGAGGAAAGAAUCAUAAUGUUCGAGUGGAAGCGAGUAGAUCUUCUGGCGUAGUUUUCAUUAAUGCUAUGACACUUGUGGACAUGCUCAUGGACUCUGUUAAAUCUGCAGAGCUUUUUCCCUCAGUCGUUGUUGCGUCAUCUAAAUCUCUUGCAGUGGUUUCAUCUGGUUUGCGUGGAAACCACGGAGAUGCCUUGCAUUUGAUGCUUGAAGAGCUUCAAGUGCUUUCGCCAUUGGUACCAACACGUGAGUUCAGUGUGCUAAGAUACUGUCAGCAAAUCGAACAUGGAACUUGGGCUAUUGUAAAUGUCUCAUAUGAGCUUCCUCAGUUUAUAUCUCAUUCUCGGCCAUAUCGUUUUCCUUCUGGUUGCUUGAUUCAAGACUUGUCCAAUGGCUACUGCAAGGUUACUUGGGUUGAACAUAUUGAAAUCUCCGAGCAAGAGCCUAUUCAUGAGAUGUUUAAAGAUCAUGUCCGUGAAGGAUUAGCUUUUGGAGCUGAACGUUGGAUCGCUACUCUCCAAAGAAUGUGCGAGAGAUUCACAGCUCUACAUGAACCAGCAACAUCCUCGGUGAUUCCAUCGCCGGAAGGGAAGAGAAGUGUAAUGAAACUUGCUCAAAGAAUGGUUAGCAACUUCUGCUUGAGCGUUGGCACAUCUAACAACACUCGAUCAUCGACGGUUGUUUCGGGAAUGAACGAGUUUGGAAUCCGUGUGACUUCGUACAAGAGCCAGCACGAACCAAAUGGAAUGGUUCUGUGUGCAGCCACCAGCUUCUGGCUCCCAGUUUCUCCACUUAUCGUUUUCAAUUUCCUCAAAGAUGAACGAACUCGUCCCCAGUGGGACGUUCUAUUGAAUGGAAGUUCAGUUCAAGAAGUUGCUCAUAUCGCAAACGGUUCACAUCCAGGAAACUGUAUUUCUAUUCUUCGUGGGUUCAAUGCAUCAUCAUCACAAAACAACAUGCUGAUUCUACAAGAAAGCUGCGUAGACUCAUCAGGCUCGCUUGUGGUCUACACUCCAUUGGAUUUACCAGCACUGAACAUGGCAAUGAGCGGUCAAGACACAUCUUACAUUCCCAUUUUACCCUCGGGUUUUGCGGUUUCACCAGAUGGAAGCAAGAAUAACCAAAUCCCAGAGCUUAAAGUUGAAGGAGGAGGAGGAGGAGGUGGUGGUUCAUUGAUAACGGUUGGGUUUCAGAUAAUGGUGAGUAGUUUGCAGUCAGGAAAAUUGAAUAUGGAGUCAAUGGAGACAGUUAAUAACCUCAUCAGUUCCACUGUCCACCACAUUAAAACCACCUUGAAUUGUCCUUCAACUGCUUGAGGACGCCAUUAAUAGCUCAUUUCCCCCAUCUGAUUUCUGAUAAAGGUCAUUAAUGAUCAGAGGAGUGAAAGUUAUUAAGCACUUAUUCUACCUUCAGUGCCAGCAAAGAGUGUAAGAAAAUCAUCACUCUUCUGGUUAUCUGUCUCCUCUCUUCACUCUCUUGUUCAGUUUUUUUUUUGUGUUUGAAAUGGUAAUAUUUGGUGGGAGGUGGGAGUCAAGAACGCACCAUGCCUUUUGUGUAUGGUUCGGGCAUUGACUUCUGUUUGUUUCUUUUGUCUAGUUACAAAUUGUUUCUUGUCUAA